AUGGCCGAAAACCAACUAGAUCCUACUGGUCCACUGAGAGCAGAAGAUGUAGAGUUUGAUAAUGCUGCACCUGAGCUUGAAGAAUUUUCCCUCAAUAUGGACAAUGGAUUGGUUACUCUCUCGUUUGAUGAGCCUGUACUCCCUAACUCCAGGGACUUUACAGCACUGACCUUUCAAGACUCACCUUCUGGAUCAGUAUCAUACCAGCUAACUGGAGGACAGGUGGAAACAAGAACUGCCAACACCCAAAUCAAUUUCACCCUUCUGGACACUGACCUGAAUGCUAUUAAGUCACUUGAUGGUUUAGCUACCUCCGUCGAUGACACUUAUCUCACUGCUACAUCGUCCCUUAUAACCGAUGUGAGAUCUAUUGCUAAUGCUCCAACUACUAUACCAGUAGGUGCAUAUACACUGGAUAUGACAGAUGUGUCGUUGGAGGCGUUCAGAGUCUUAGACCUAGGCGAUGGGACUAUACAACUCGACUUUAGUGAGCCAGUGGAUAUAGCAAGUGUGAACUUUACACAAUACACACUGCAGAGCAUGGCAAAUGGCGGAGUAACAAUACCUCUGACAACUGGUACUGCUGUGUAUGGGGGAGACAAGUCUACCAUAAUCAUCAGCUUGUCGUCAGAAGAUAUUUUACAGUUAAAGAGAGAUGACACAAUUGGUACUAGCAUGUCUAAUUCUUUCAUUAGUGUGUCGUCUGCUGGGAUAACUGAUGUUGCUGGUAACAAUCUUGAGGCAGUUCCAAUCACAGAUGCCUUGCAACUUUCACAGGACGUACGAGAAGACUUUGUGCGUGCUUCCCUAGACUCUUUUGAUCUGGAUAUGGAUUCUGGGUUCGUAAUGCUCACUUUUGAUGAUGUGAUUGAUAUUACUACAUUUAGCGGAUCUGGAAUCACACUACAAUCUGACAUGGAGGGGCUUGAGUCUGAUAAUCAGUACAUCCUUAGUGGGGUCGUACUAAAUUCCACUCUGCCAGACUAUACAAUCACUUUCCAACUCACUGCAACAGAUUUGCAUGGUCUCCAAGCAAAUCCCGAUUUGGCAACCAGUCGAAAUAAUACUUACAUUUCCAUCGCAGCUACUGCAGCAAGUGCUGUGGGCGGAUUCCCCAUCCUUCCAAAAACUUCGACAGCAGCACUGCAAGUAACUAACUUUGCCGAGGAUGAGACAUCUCCUGAGCUACUACGUUUCACUCUUGAUGUAAAUGAGGGCCUACUCUCUUUGGUGUUCUCCGAAGUUGUCAAUGUGUCAUCAUUCGAUUCUGCCGGUCUCUUGAUCCAGAGCAGCUUCAACAGCACAGCAUCAAGUGUUCAACUUGGUGAUGCAGUUCCCACCUCUACAGAGCCCGAUUCCAGAUUUGAUGUAGAACUGAGCACUGAGGAAUUAGAAUUAGUGAAGCAAAUGAUGGCAUUGGCCACCGAUGAGAGCACAACAUACUUGUCUGCUUCUAACACUACCGUUACGGACAUGGUAGGUCUCGAGUUAGUCGCAAUAACACCAAAUAAUUCUCUAAUGGCAUUUGACCAUGUUGCCGAUAGGACAGCCCCCAUGUUGACUAACUUCUCUAUCGACCUUAACAAUGGACUCCUGACACUCACUUUUGACGAGACAGUGCGUCUAACAACAUUCAAUCCGAGAGCACUUACAUUCCAGAGUGCACCAAACAGCCUUAGCACAACAACAACCAUAACUCUGACUGCAGGUAGUAAUGUUGUGAUAGGGAGCUCAGAUGGAACUGAGUUUGAAGUCAUUUUGUCCCCGUUCGACUACAAUCAAAUAAACGCAGAUGAGACUAUUGCAAGAAAUGAAGAGAACACAUACCUCAGUCUUGCAGAAGGAGCAAUAGAGGACACUAACAACAUACCAUCAGCACCUAUACUCCCUGAUAAUGCUCUGCAAGUUGGAGCUUUCUUCCUGGACGGGACUAGACCGACACUUGUUUCGUUUGACCUGGAUAUGGACAGUGGAAUACUGACUUUGAGAUUCAGUGAACCCGUUGAUCCACUUUCGUACACAAGCAACAGCUUUACGCUUCACAAUAAUCAAUCCUCAAGUCCUGAAUUCAGUUACACUCUAGUAGAGGACGGUACAACUCAGACGACAGUUGAAAGUGAUACACUAAUUGUUCAGUUACCUGAAAGUGAUGUCUUUCAGAUCAAACUGGCUGAACUCGCUACUUCGCCCAACGACACAUACGUGUCAGUUCGUGAUGGUGGUGUUGCUGAUGUAUUCUUGAAUGAUCUUGUAGCUAUUGAACCUGAAGAUGCUUUGGGGGUGAAUCAGUUUGUUGGAGAUAUGACACCACCAGCAAUUGAAUUUGUAACUGUUGAUCUUGAAAAUGGCCAGCUCCGUCUGAAUGUCUCGGAGCCAAUUGAUGUGUUAUCCUUCAAUACAACACAGAUUCGUAUCACAAAUGACAUUUCGGCACCAACUGCCUUUCUCAUGCUGACAGGUGGUACAUUGGAGGUGACUGAUGCAACCACUGCAGUUAUUCUACUGAAUGACGAAGAUGUUACUGCUUUGAAAACAAUGUCAACCCUAGCAAAUGAUAUACAAGAUACCUACAUCGCUUUAUCUGCUUUUACUUUCUCAGACAGAGCUGGAGUGAGACUUACUGAAAUUCCUGUGGAUGCUGCACGGCAAGUUGACAGUGUAAUCCCUGAUACAUCAGCACCAACACUAGAGGCAUUCAGCUACGAAGCUCCUGGAGAUAGAGCAGGAGUUGUUCUAGUACUUCGCUUUUCUGAAGUAGUGAAUGCAAGCACUUUUGAUCCAACAACAAUCACACUUCAGGAUGCAUCCAAUUCAGCAGAUGCAACAGAGUCAUAUUCACUAACUGAUGCCCUAUAUUUCGUUCAACCAACCACCAUACUCCGUGUCAACAUUACGGGUGAUGACUAUGCUGAAAUACUCAGAAGAGAGCCCCUGGGACAGAGUCAAAACACUACAUAUCUCUCCAUUGAUGAUGGUGCCAUUCAAGAUGUUGUGCAGAUGGAUUUGGUGGGCAUUCCUCCUAGUAAUGCGAUCAGGGCAGCUGUAUACACUGUUGAUCUUGAACCACCUGAAGUUACAGCCUUCACCUUCAAUUUGAACAGAGCGAUGGUAAUACUGACAUUUACAGAGUCUGUUCCAUCAACAUCUUUCAACGCAAGUGGUGUUAUCAUCCAAAACCACCAGAAUAUCAGUGAAGCUUCCUCUGUAUAUACACUCAGUGGUGGGACUGCGGUAUCAUCUGGGAACACAGUCACUAUCAGUCUUUCUAUGACAGAUUUAGAUAUACUGAACAGAGACAGCAGUAUUGCUGUGUCCAGUAACACGACAUUCAUCGCUAUUUCUGAGUACAGCUUCUUAGACAGCUCAAACAACCCAGUAUUGCCGAUAUCAAGUGAGGAAGCCAUCGAGUCUUCUGUUUUUGUGCCUGACGAAUCAGGACCAACUCUUCAGUCAUUCAGCCUGGUUCUAGACACCAGCCAGCUUUACCUCACAUUCUCUGAAACCCUCAACAUUACAACCCUGAAUGUGACGACUAUCACCAUCCAGAAUGCAGCCCAGAAUAGCACUGAGUCUCUUAGUCUCACUGGAGGAAGCUUUGAAGACAUUCAUUCUUCAGUUGUAAUCGUCAAUAUAACGGAGACUGAUUUCUAUACCCUGCAGACUUUGACAAACCUGGGAACACUGUCAGUCAAUACAUUCAUCUCUCACACUGAUGGUCUUGCCGAGGACCUCUAUGGGAACUCUGCUACUGGAUUAUCACCUGACAGUGCUUUGAGAUCUGCACAAGUUACUAAUGAUACAAUGCGACCGGAGCUGGUUGCCUUUGAUUAUGACAUGAAUAGUGGUGUCCUCACUCUGUCUUUUGACGAGGUUGUUGAGAUUAGGUCAUUUCAAGCAGACCAGCUGACUUUCCAAAAUCUUGAAGCAGUCCCAACCAACACAUACACCCUCCAAAACAGCUCUGUUAUCAGUGAAAUAUCAAACAUCAUUGACAUAAGAUUAGGUCUCGAUGACUUCAAUAACUUGAAAGCAGCUGAAGUCUGUCUUGUGGAAGAGAUGUGCUUCAUAGCAUACACUGACAGGCUGAUCACAGACACAUUCAGUUUAGCAGUACUUCCUCGCUUAUCUAACACUGGACUCAGAGUAAGCAAUUAUGAUCCUGACACAAUACGACCACAGCUGGUGAGCUUUGCCAGUUUUGAUCUCAACCUUGCUCAGUUCACACUUGUGUUUUCUGAGACUGUCAAUACAUCAUCGCUGGUGUACAGUGGUAUUACGAUCCAGUCUUUCCCUACUGAUCCUGAAGACACCUUUUCCUUGACCAGUGGAACUGUAACAUCCAACAGUCCUACCAUCACCAUCACACUUUCUACCGAAGAUGCCAUUACACUAAAGCAAAACCCAUUCCUUUGCGGACGCCAGGGCACCUGCUACUUCUCUAUUUCAUCAUCAGCAAUCAAGGAUAUGUCUGGUAACGAUGUGGAGGAAAUACCAGACGGACAAGCUCCUCUGGUCGAAGAUUACACAGGAGAUAGCACUUCCCCUACACUGGACAGCUUUGACCUGGACGUGAAUAUGGGUAUUCUGACUUUGACAUUUGAUGAGAUUGUUGAUACUCGAGAACUGCAACCAAGUAGCAUUUUGAUAAGGGAAAGCUCAGAAGCAAAUGCCCAGUCAUACAGACUUUCAGGUGGAGAAAGAACAUCUGAUAUAUUCAGCAAUGAGGUCACAAUUGAGCUUAGCUCUGAAGACCUAAAUGGAAUCAAAGCCACCGAUUUUGCCAAGAGUAAAGACUCCACAUAUCUGACCAUAGAAUCAAUGGCCAUAACAGACCUUUCACCAGCUCAAAAUCCAGCAAAUAUGGUGACAAUUCAGGUCAAUGUGUACACACAAGACAAUGAGGAUCCGUCUUUGAUCAGCUAUCACCUUGAUCUGGACAGCAAUGUGUUGGUGUUCACUUUUUCUGAGCCAAUGAAAGAGGAUGAGCUUAGACUGACUGGCAUUUCAAUCCACAACGCAGCUACUGGUGGAGAUUCAUAUGAAUUGACUGGAGGAGAUGUAACAUCAACUAACCAGAGAACCAUUGUCACUAUUGCUUUCAGCUCACAGGAUUUGAUUGCUUUCAAGAUUCCUGGCAUGAUUGCCACAAUGGCUACAAAUACCUUUGUGUCAAUUAGUAGCUUAACUAUAUCUGAUACAGGUGAGAAUCCCCUUCCACAAGUCCUUAGGUUACCUGCCACUGAUGGUUCAAAUGAAUUCACUCCUGACACUAGUAGAAUGGGCCUCAGUAGCUUUACCCUUGAUAUCUUCAAUGGGAGACUGUUCCUUACAUUCGACGAUGUUGCAGAUGUGAGCACUUUUGUGGCAACUGGUAUCACCCUACAAGACGACCGAACGAGCACUAAUGAAGUGCAGCUAAGUGGUGAUAGUACACCUAUGAGCGAUGAUGAUGGCUUAGUUGUGAUAGUUGAGCUUGCUGCAUCAGACAGGUUUGCUCUAACUUCAGCAGAUGGACUUGCUACACGUGUCGAAAACACCUUCAUUACCUUGGAGGAAACAACUAUUGAUGGGCUUGAUGGACAAGAUGUGAUGCCAAUAUUAGAAGGUAGUGCUCUACAGGCAUCUGAAGUUGUGGGAGGUGGAAAUGGAACUCAACUAACUUCAUUCAAUUUGGACAUGGCUUCAGAGGUUCUUGAACUGUUCUUUAAUAGGCAGGUAGAUGAUGGCUCCUAUACUGCUAGAUUUGUCACACUUCAAGAUGCUACAGGUGCCUCUAGCAUUACCCUUACUGGUGGCACAGCCAGUAGUGCAAUGAGUGGCCUGCAAGUCAAUAUUCAGCUCACUCAAGACGAUUUAAACAACAUCAAUGCUGAGGAGGGAGUAGGUACAGGAGUUUUCAAUACUUACAUUCGUCUUGAAGAUGGAGCUUUCAUUGACACAAGUGCUGGACCAGUGACCACACCUGAUGAACUACCAGUACAAGUGAGUGAGGUGACUCCCGACAGCACAAGACCUGAGUUGGACACUUACUAUCUAGACCUUGAUACGGGUGAAAUUGUGCUGACAUUCACGGAAACUGUUAUUGCUAGUUCUAUCGAUCCAACUCAACUCACUCUUCGUGAUACAGAUGGCUUAACACCACCUCUGUUUGCUCACACCUUGACAGGAGGUAGUGCUAUGGAAAAUGGACCAGCAAUAACACUGAUGUUGAUUGCUGAAGAUCUUAAUGUGCUGAAGAAUGGCUCUUUGAAUGCUGUCUACCUCACUCUAGGAGAAGAAUUUGUCAGAGAUGCUUUUUUCAACAGACUUGUUCCUGUGGAUGGGCUGAGUUCACUGUUUGUACUCCCUGAUAUAUCAGCUCCCACAUUAGAGUCUUUUGUGCUUGACCUUGAUUCAAAUUCCCUCAUUUUGACUUUCAGUGAAGCAGUAAGAUCUAGUGGCAUUGAUCUCAGUGGAAUCUCACUACAAGCUGAACAAAAUGAUAACACUCUCAGUCAAACGCUAGCCAAUUCUGAAAUUACAACGACAUAUCCGUCGGAUAUUGUAAGAAUUACUAUUGCUGGGCAAGAUCGAGUUGCGCUGACAUGUGAACUUGGGUUGGGAAUAAGCACAGAAACCACUUACAUUGCUAUUUCAGCUGGCUCUGUAGAAGACCUAGCUUCAUCACCAACCAACUCUAUUGCUUCCAUACCUAGUACUGAUGCAAUUCAAGCGGAGAUGGUAACAGAAGACAAUACAAGUCCUCUUCUUGUUGAAUGGAGCCUGGACAGAAACUCUGGGAGUAUACAUCUGACAUUUGAUGAGUGUAUUAAUGCUUCUGCUGUAAAUUUUGACCACAUUGUCAUCCAGAAUGCAUUUUGCAUCUCAAACCUCAGUCACACUGAGCACUGA